GCGGAGCUUUAAGUUGGAAACUGCAGCGCUGCUGAGGACUUUACUGCCGCUUCAGGAUCAGCUUCUUCUGGGGAAACACAUCAUCUGAAUCCUGCUGCUGUCGCUGCCCCACAGACCCAACUUUGUUCUGGACGGAUCCCUGCUGCAGGACGGAGGGAGGAGGACGAUGGGGGUCAGCUUUUCUCCCCCACUCACUCUGCUGUGUCUCAGCUUCAUCUCUGGUGUUUGGACCCUCAACCCCGAUGACCCGAACGUGUGCAGCCACUGGGAGAGCUACGCCGUCACCGUGCAGGAAUCCUACGCCCAUCCCUUCGACCAGGUCUACUACACCCGCUGCACCGACAUCCUCAACUGGUUCAAAUGCACAAAACACAGGAUCAGCUAUAAGACAGCCUACAGGAGAGGUGUGAGGACCAUGUACAGGAGACGCUCGCAGUGCUGCCCUGGAUUCUACGAAACAGGAGACCUCUGUGUCCCGUUGUGCACAGAGGAGUGUGUCCACGGUCGCUGCGUCUCUCCUGAUACCUGCCAGUGUGAGCCCGGUUGGGGGGGGCUGGACUGCUCCAGCGGCUGUGAGAGUGAUUUUUGGGGCCCACACUGUACUAACCGCUGCCAGUGCCGCAACGGGGCCAAAUGUAACCCAAUAACAGGAGCGUGCGUCUGCACUGAUGGCUACCAGGGCUGGCGCUGUGAAGAACACUGUGAUCCGAACCUGUAUGGGAAAGACUGCAUGCAAGAAUGCCAGUGCCUCAACGGCGCCACCUGCCAUCAUCAGACUGGAGAGUGCCUUUGUGCACCGGGAUACACUGGAGUCUUCUGUGAGGAGCCGUGUCCUCCAGGUAAACAUGGCUCCCUGUGCGAGCUGCGCUGCCCCUGUCAGAAUGGAGGAACGUGCCAUCAUGUCACCGGACAGUGCUCCUGCCCCCCUGGCUGGAUGGGUCCGGUGUGCGCCCAGCCGUGCCCAUUCGGCUGGUUUGGCAUCAACUGCUCCGAGGAGUGCACGUGUCGUAACGGAGGGCUGUGCGACCACAUCAGCGGUCAGUGUCAGUGCACCGCAGGCUACAUCGGAGAAAGGUGCCAGGAAGAGUGUCCGGUCGGCACAUACGGCCCGCAGUGUGCUCACAAGUGUGACUGUCUGAACAGAGCCAAAUGCUACCACAUCAAUGGGGCCUGCCUCUGCAACGAGGGCUUCAAGGGCCCCAGCUGCCAGGACCGCUUCUGUCCCGCAGGCCUUUAUGGACUCCUCUGUGACAAAUACUGCCCCUGCAAGCUGGACAACACCCUCAGCUGUCACCCUCUGUCGGGGGAGUGCACCUGUGCAGCCGGAUGGGCGGGGCUUUACUGCAACGAGACCUGCCCCGCUGGUUACUACGGCGAGGGCUGCAAGGAGCCGUGCAGCUGCACCAACGGAGCUGACUGUGAUGGCGUCACUGGAGCCUGCAUCUGUGCCCCUGGAUACAUAGGAGACGACUGCUCCUUCAGCUGUCCUCCGGGUCAGUACGGAACCAACUGCACCUCCUUCUGUUCCUGCCACAACGAGAUCUCCUGCUCACACGUCGACGGCUCCUGCAUCUGCAAAGAAGGCUGGCAGGGAGUGGACUGCACCGUCCAGUGCUCCAGCGGGACGUGGGGCUUUAACUGCAAUCAGACGUGCCAGUGCGCCAACGAGGCAGCCUGUGACCCGGUCAACGGGACCUGCACCUGCUCGCCGGGCUGGAGGGGGGAGUACUGCGACGUCCCGUGUCCCGAUGGAUGGUACGGGCUGGACUGCAGGGAGAAGUGUGACUGCGUCCACGCUGGCAGCUGCGAUCCGUCAUCUGGAACCUGUCAUUGUCUUGCAGGUUGGACCGGUGUCCACUGUGAUAGCAUGUGUGCCGAGGGCCACUGGGGGCCGAACUGCUCCUAUAGCUGCACCUGUGAGAACGGGGGUUCCUGCUCCCCGGAGGAUGGUACCUGCAUGUGCGCUCCUGGAUACCGUGGCACCAACUGCAGGAGAACCUGCUCUCCUGGUUUAUACGGCCAUCGCUGCAGCCAGUCGUGUCCUCAGUGCGUCCACAGCGAUGAGGCGUGCCACCACGUUACCGGCCGCUGCAACUGUCUCCCCGGCUUCUUCGGCUCCCUCUGCAACCAAGUGUGUCCCAGUGGGAAGUAUGGCAAGGCAUGCUCUGAGGCCUGCUUCUGCACCAACAACAGCACCUGUAACCCCAUCGAUGGCUCGUGUCAGUGCUACCCUGGAUGGAUCGGAGAGGACUGCUCCAAACCGUGUCCUGCAGGGUCAUGGGGUCCAGACUGCACCCACCUGUGUAACUGUCAUAACGGGGCGGAGUGCAGCGCCACGGAUGGAGAGUGUACCUGCAGCCCCGGAUGGACCGGACUCUACUGCACGCAACGCUGCCCGUCAGGCUUCUAUGGGUCUCAGUGUUCUGAGGUGUGCCGGUGCCAGAACGGAGCCGACUGCGACCACGUCUCGGGGCAGUGCUCAUGUCGGACCGGCUUCAUCGGGCCCAGCUGUGAGCUCAAGUGUACUUCAGGAACGUUUGGAUACGGCUGCCAGCAGCUGUGUGAGUGCAUGAACAACGCCACAUGCGACUACGUGACAGGAACCUGCUACUGCAGCAUCGGCUUCAAAGGGAUCCGCUGUGACCAGGCUGCUCUGAUGAUGGAGGAGCUGAACCCCUACACCAAGAUCAGCCCGGCGCUGGGGUCCGAGCGCCAGUCGGCGGGCGCCGUCCUCGGCAUCAUCUUCCUGCUGCUGCUCAUCAUGGCCAUGCUGGCGCUGGUGGUCUGGUUCCGGUUCCGACAGAGAGAGAAAGGCCAGCAGGCCCCCAGCGUCACCUACACCCCCGCCCUGCACAUCAACUCCACCGACUACUCUCUGUCAGCAGGGCUGCAGUGUGCAGGUCUGCUCUCCUCUGCAGACUCCUCCACCGGUAACAGCGCCGCAGUCGGCUGCUUCUCCAACCCCAGCUACCACACCCUGGGGCCGUGCACGUACGCCGCGCACUACGCCAAGCCAGACAAGAAGAUUAAGCCCAAGAAGAGGUUCAGGAACAGCGCUCCAGAGUGGGGAGCGUACUGCAACCUCAGUGAUCUGGGAGUUUACUGCAUCGACCAGCGCCUCAGUUACCACCUGGAGCCGCCCUGCAGAGACUACAUGAAGGGUUCCUUGUCCAGCACCUGCUCCCUGAACAGCGAGAACCCGUACGCCAUCAUCAACGACCAUCCAGUUCUGUGCAAACAUUCAGAGAGCAGCUAUGUGGAGAUGAAGUCACCGGUGCAUCAUGAACACUGCUGCUCCUCCGCCAUCAUCAGCAGCAGCAGCAGUGUUCCCACCAAGAACGUCUAUGACAUGGAGCCGACUAUCAGCAUCAUCCCCGGACUGCUUCCCGGUUACUCCCAGAGCCCGUACGACCUUCCCAGGAACAGCCACAUCCCGAGCCACUACGACCUGCUGCCGGUCCGGCCCAGUCCGUCCCACAGCCACAGCCCCCCCCUGCCAGGGAGCCCGACCAGCUCACUGCUCUGAGCCCCACGACCGGGACGCUCCCAGUUCCCUCACAACCAGAAACUCUAUGGAUCCAGGAUCCAGGGCCGUGGGACUCUGGACCUCUGUUCUUAGAGCAGAUCUGUUAUUUAUGAAAUCAUCCGUGGGUCAGCGUCAGACCUCUGCUGCUAUUUUAUCACCAUAAAAUAUACAAACAAUCAAUUUUGUACAUUGUCAUCUUGACCAGAACUUUCCAGACAGGGAAAGAACGGAUGCACAUGUGUGGAUCCUUUCGGGAACACAGAUCCAUGGUUUUCCAGGUUAAAGGAACUGUAGGAAAAGGUUGCUUGGAAAAAAUCUCUCUUCAGUGAGGAACGUCUCAACGGUUCUUGGUCCUGCCAGGUCUUGACAGUGUAGAGGAUGAAACCUGGUGUAAAGUUCUGAUAUUUUUACAUCCAGUUUCAUAUUUCCUGUUUAAACAGCUCAAGAUCCCACAAAGGAAAACAUUUUCUAUUUUUAUCUUCUGUAGACUGUGUGGACUAUACUUAUAUUGUUGUGCUUUUUCUCUAUUGUGUUGAGCUUAAUUCUCCUGCAUGCCGAAGAAAGAAAUAGAAAAAUAGUGAGAAAAGUCAGAUAGUUUGUUUUUUUUUAUUAAUGUUUUGGUUUCAUAUGUGACUCCUUGUAGUAACAGCUUUAACCUGGAGGAGGAGCUACAAAUAAAAUCCCUCCAGUUCUUCUCCAAGUUUAGAUUCCAAACUACUUAGUUAGGAUUGUUUUCCAGAAACAGAAAACAAAGGUGGGAACAUUUUCACA